AUGCGCCUGGCCCUGGCGACCAGCCUGGCGACGCUGCGCCGCUGCGUCGCCAUGAGCGCGGCGCCGAAGACGAAGGUCGUCGUCCUCGCCGGCCCCACGGCCGUGGGCAAGUCGGCGGCGGCGCUCGAGCUCUGCCGGUCCCUCGGCGGCGAGAUCGUGUCCGCGGACAGCGUGCAGCUCUACCGGGGCCUGGACAUCGGGGCGAACAAGCCGUCGGCGGCGGAUAUGGCCGCCGUGCGCCACCACCUCGUCGACGCGGGCGACCCGGCCGCGCCGUGGUCCGCGGGCGAGUGGUGCCGCGCGGCCGUCGCGGCCGUCGACGACGUCGCGGCGCGCGGCGGGGUGCCCGUCGUCGUCGGCGGCACGAUGAUGUACGCGCGGUGGCUCGUGCGCGGCGCGCCGGACGCGCCGCCGGCGUCGGCCGCAUCAGCGGCGGCCGCGGCCGCGCUCCUCGCGCCCCACGAGGCCGCGGGCGACUGGGCCGGCGCGGUCGCGGCCGUCGCCGCCGAGGGCGAAACCUUCGCGGCGCGCGCGGCGGCGCUGAGCGCCAACGACUGGUACCGCCUCGCGCGCGCCGUCGAGAUCGAGCUCGACGGCGGCGCCGGCGGCCGGCCGCCGCGCGCGCCGCCGCUCGGCGCCUACGACGUCCGCUGCGCGUUCCUCGCGCCCGGCGACCGGGCGGCCCUCUUCCACGGCAUCGACGCGCGCUGCGACGCCAUGCUCGCGCGCGGCCUCCUCGGGGAGGUCGCGGCCCUCCGGGCCGCGGGCCGGCUCCCCGAGACGUCGACGGCCGCGCGCGCGAUCGGCUACCGGCAGGCGCUCGACUACCUCGUGGGCCGCCGCGACGACGCGGGCGACGGCGCGCUGGACGCCGGCGCGCGCCGGGACGCCUACGUCGACUUCUGCCGCAAAUUCCGCACCGCGAGCCGCAACUACGCGGCGGAGCAGAUGAAGUGGUACCGCCGCGACGCCGACUUCGCCGUCGUCCCCGCGGGCGACGGCGCCGCGCUCGCGGCGCUCUUCGCCGGCGACCGCGCGGACUACGAGGCGCGGCGCGCGGGCGACGGCGCCGCGCGCGACUCCCUCGCCGCGGACAAGAAGGUCAUGAAGACCUUCGCGUCGAAGCCCUGCGCCGCCGCCGCGGACCCCGCGGCGCUCGCGGCCCACCUCGCCGCCGCCGACGCCGCCGUCGCCGUGCUGCGCGCGGCCGGGGGCCGCGGCGACGGCGCGCGCGACGACGACACGGAUGCCAUGGGCAUGGCGGACCGGGCGCUCGUGGCGGCGGAGGCCGUGGCGGCCAAGGAGGCGGAGCUGUCGCCGCCCCUGGACGCGUCGUCGCCGGAGUGGAUGGCCGACGGCAGCUCGGCGACCUGUAUGGUCUGCGAGCGGGCCUUCAACGGCGUGACCGUGCGGCGGCACCACUGCCGGUCCUGCGGGAAGCUCGUCUGCGGGCCCUGCAGCCGGAAGACGGUGAUGCGCCUCGGCGGCCCCGCGCGGUGCUGCAACGCCUGCGCGUGGCGCCUCGGCGCGGGCCGCGGGCCCGCGGCGUUCCUCGGCUCCGCGCGGCGGCGGCGGAGCGACAGCCACGCGAGCCGCCUGCGCGCGGCGACGAUCGAGGAGAACCAGCGCUGGGCCGGGAGCUGGUCCGGGAACCACCUGCUGCCGCUGGACCCCUUCCGCUACGUCGGCCUCGGCGACUCGCGCCGCGCGGCGUUCCGCCGCUUCCCCGCGGACGCGCCGCCGCCGGGCCGCGGCGGCGCCUGGGCCGGCGACUGGGAGCUCGAGCGCGACGGCGACCGCUGCGACGAGCACGGCUGGUCCUACGGCGUCGACUUCUCCGAGUUCGCGCUCCGGGGGCUCACGCGGCCCGCGGCGCGGCCGCUCACGUACGUGCGGCGGCGCCGCUGGGUGCGGUCGUGGCUCACGGGCCUCGGGGGCCGGCCCUCGGUCCGCGCGCGCGACGCGCGGCGGUCCGCGCGCCGCGCGCCGUCGGACGCGCGCGCCGCCGCGGACGCGGCGACGCCGGCCGUCGACGUCGACGAGGCGCUGCUCCGGGGCGGCCCGGGCGCCGCGGACCCCGAGGCGCGCCACGUGGAGAUUCUGGACGGCGAGUGCGGCGCCGGCGCCGACGCGUGCGCGGCCUACGCGCGCCUCGCGACGCGGCCCGUCGCGCUCGAGGUCGCGGGCGAGGACGGCGAGGAGGAGCGCGACCUCUACGUGCGCACGCGCGCGCGGUCGCCGCGCGACGACGGGCCCGGCUGGCUCGCGACGGCCUGGCGCCGCACGGCCGUCGUCCGCCGCGCGCGCGCCGACGAGCGGCUCCGGCUGAGCGACGGCGCGGCGGCCGUCGCCGUCGCGAACCCGCGGUCCCUCGUCGACGUCCACGUCUGCGACGCGGAGACGGACGGCGUCGUCGCCGAGGCGAUCCUGACGCUCUUCGAGCUCGACGCGUCCAUCGAGCGCGACGCCUGCGCGCGCGCCGUCGACGGCCUCGGCGCGCUGGUCUACGGCGACGAGGCCGCGGCGCCGGCGCCGGGCGCGCGCGCGCCCCGGCGGCGGUCCUGCGCGGUCCGGCCCGAGGACGCGGACCGCGUCGCCGUGCCGCUCCGGAGCACGCGCCACGGCCGCGAGGUCCACGGCGGUGUCCACGGCGGCGAGCUCGUGCUCGACGCCGCGCUCGACGUCGACUACGCCGGGCUCGUGCUGCGGACGCGCGAGCGCGUGCCCAUGGCGCCGGAGAACCUCGGCGAGUUCCAGACCGCGGCGAUGCGCGAGCUCUUCCUGCGCUGCCAGGCGCUCGUGACGCCGGCGGUCGCGGCGCGCGACGCGCUCGUCGCCGUCGCGGACUGGGGCGCCGCGCCGCGGCGCACGGCGCUGACGCUCGCCGCGCUCCUCGCCGUGGAGUGGCACGUCGACGCGGCGAAGAUCCUCGCCGUCUUCCCCCUCGCGGCCGUCGCGCUCCUCGCCGCGACGCUGCGGCGCCGCGCGAGUGGCGCGUGGGCGCGCGCGUGGGUCGAGCGCGACGAGGAGCGCCAGCUCAUCUGCUGCGCGGGCCUGGGCGGGGGCGAGGGCGACGUCGAGGCGCGCCGCGAGCUCGCGCUGCUCCGCGUCGCCGCGCGCCGCUACGCGGCGCGCGGCCCGGCGCGGUCGCCGCGGCCGCGGCCGCCGCGCGUCGACGUGAGCUACGCGCCCGAGGCCCGGGGCGUGCGCGACGGCGCCUUCCGCUGCCGCGUCGCGACCCUCGACCUCGACGACGGCCGCCCGGCGACGGAUCAGGACGCCGAGCGGCGGCCCCGGGGCGUCGACGACGCGGGCGCCGCGAACCCCUGGCUCGAGCGCACCAAGGCCUCGGGCCGCCGGGGGUCCCUGAGCUCGGCGCCGCGGCCCCGGCGCCGCGGCUCCGCGACGGAGCUGCUGAACGUCGCCGCGCGGACGGACGGCGCCGUCGAGGACGUCCUCGAGCCCUGGGUCGCGCGCGGCCGCGUCUUCCGGCGCGCGGCGCGCUACCCCGUGCUCCAGGACCUCGAGGCGGCGGGCAAGGCGCGGCGCGCCGUGCCCUGGAGCCGCGGGGAGGCGGCGCUCGUCUUCUCGCUGGCGGAGCCCGGGGGCGACGACGGCGCCGCGCGGCCGGCGCCGCCGCUCGGCGAGUGCCACGUGCGCGUCGCGGACCUGCUGGGCAGCGCCGCGUCCGAGGCCAACGGCGGGCCCCAGCCGCCCGUCGACGUCUGGCUGCCCGUGGGGCCGCCGGGCGCGACCGACGGCGGCUCGGACGCCGCGGACUCGGACUCGGACGGCGGCGGCGGCGCGCGCGGCCCCGUCGGCGACGUGCUCCUCACGCUCCAGGUCGCGCUCCCGUCGCGGAGCGACCGGCUCCGGCCCCUCACGGACGCGGACCGCGCGGAGCAGACGCUCAUCGACAAGCUCGCCGCGCGCGUCCGCGCCGCGGACGGCGGCGACGGCGCGCGGCCGCGGGGCCUCAUCGCCGAGUACCAGGCCCUCAUCGGCGAGGCGCGGGCCCAGGUGCUCGAGUCGCACCGCCAGCUCCUGCGCUGCGUGUCCUUCGCGGAGUCGCUCGUGAACCUCGCGUGCUGGGCCGCGUGCUGGGUCCAGCCGCGGAAGACGGCGCUCGUCCUCGCCGCGACGGUCGCGGCGUCGGGCGCCGCGCUCCUGCUCCCGGUCCAGGCCGUGCUCAUGGGGGGCACGGCGUCCUUCUUCUACGACGCCUGGAUCAAGCACCUGCGGUCGCUGGGCGCGCGCGGCGAGAAGCGCGUCGACGAGCGGCUCUUCAACUUCGUGCCCGACGCCGCGGACCUCGCCGCGUACUUCGCGCCGCGGACGCGCCGCUUCCUCGACGCGACGCCCGGCGCGCGGUCGUCGCACGCGCGGCUCCAGAAGUUCACGGAGCGCUUCGCCGCGGUCAUCUACAAGACGUCGGGCAACUUCUUCAAGCUCUGGCAGCGGCGCUACGUCGUCGUCACCGACGACCGGCGCCUCUACUGGUGGCUGAGCGCCGAGGACACGCGCGACGACCUCCCGCCCAAGGGCGCGCGCUACCUCGCGCCGCCCGAGCAGCAGCGCGCGGCCUUCGCCGACGGCGCCAAGGACGCGCCGCGCGGCGCGCCGCGGACGGGGCGCGUCGUGCCGUACCUCGCGGCGGACCACUUCGGCGCCAAGCCCGCGCUCCACUUCCUCUGCGCGACGUCGGAGGACGAGGCCGAGCGCCUCCGCGUCGCCCUCUGCCAGGCCGACGACGGCGACGCCGCGACGCCGCGGACGCCGCGGACGCCCGGGUAG